AUGGAACUGCGGCACCGGGCAAAAGACGCCACGAAAAAGAGCGCACGCGGCCUCGACGUGACGCUCGGUCCCACUAUCUACAGCGGCGAGCGCUACUCCAAGAUGAGCGAGAGGCUUAGACGACAGCAGAAGAACCCGUCCGACGUCGCUGACGCGAGUGCGCAGCGGAUACUACGCUCACAAGUGAUUAUGUUCGUGGUAGCGCUCGUUUUCGUCUUGUCGUUGGUGUUUUCGAUGAUGUACCGAGCGCACGUCCGUCGGUCCAACCGCGAGCCUUUCGACGUGUAA